AUGAAGAGCACACCGCUUAUCAUCAAUUGGCACGACCAGAAUGCCCCCGUCUACUCGGCUCAUUUCGAACCCCACGGCAAAGGCCGUCUGGCCACCGCCGGAGGAGACAACAACGUGAGACUCUGGAAGGUCGACAGCGACGGCGAAGAUCGAAAGGUUGAGUACCUGUCCACCCUGACCAAGCACUCGCAAGCAGUCAACGUCGUCCGCUGGGCCCCCAAAGGCGAGAUCCUUGCUUCCGCAGGCGACGAUGGGAAUGUCAUCAUCUGGGUCAUGUCCGAACACACCGGCCCCGCCUUCGGCAACGAAGGUCUUGAGGACAAGGAGACCUGGCGCACCAAGCACAUGUGUCGGUCUAGCGGCUCCGAGAUAUACGACCUGGCCUGGUCUCCCGACAGCUCCUACUUCAUCAUCGGGAGCAUGGACAACAUUGCUCGAAUCUACAGUGCCAGCUCCGGUACUCUGGUACGCCAGAUUGCCGAGCAUAGCCACUACGUCCAGGGAGUCGCGUGGGAUCCUCUAAACGAGUACAUCGCCACCCAGUCGUCCGACCGAUCCGUGCACAUCUACUCGCUCAAGACCAAGGACGGCCAGAACACCCUCAGCGGCAACCACGACGACAAGCCCUCCAAGAUCGCGAGCCACAGCAAGAGUGACCUGCCGCCUCGCCGCAUAUCCUCGAGCAGCCCUGCGCCUCCGGACUUCAACAUGCGGGCCCAUCUCACCCUGGAACAGGCCGUGGGGUCCCCCGUGCCGUCCGCCCCCGGCACCCCGACUUCGGUUGCGCUGCCCAUGAACCCGCCGAGCGUCAUCAGCCAUAGCAGGCAGUCCUCGUUCUCGUCGCGACGCUCGCCAUCCCCCGCGCCGUCGAUGCCCCUGCCGGCCGUCAUGCCGAUGGAGCCUUCGCCGAAGCCUCACCCAUCGGGCGGUCUCGGCAUGAAAAACUCCACCCUGUACGCAAACGAGACGCUGUCGUCCUUCUUUCGCCGUCUCACUUUCACGCCCGAUGGCAGUCUCCUCCUCACCCCGGCCGGCCAGUACCAGACCCAGCACAACUCAGAGGGCAGCGCGAAGCCAACCUUUGAGGUGACGAAUACCGUUUACAUCUACACGAGAGGCGGCAUCAACAAGGCGCCCAUUGCGCACCUGCCCGGCCACAAGAAGCCAUCCGUCGUCGUGAAAUGCUCGCCCAUCUUCUACACCUUGCGGACGUCGCCCCCCGUGACCAAGCACAUCACCAUCGACACGUCUUCUUCCGAGGACCCCAUACCCGCCCUGCCGGAUCCUGUCUCGAAGCCGACGGGAAACACAUCAGUCAUGGACCCGCCUCCUCCGCCCACUUCAGUCCCCGAGUCGAGCCCUGUGCCGAACAAGGCCGAGCCGGGCGUCGCUACUCCUGGCCCGAAGGCGGCCUUCGCCUUGCCGUAUAGAAUGAUAUAUGCAGUCGCCACCCAAGACUCGGUCCUUCUCUACGAUUCUCAGCAGCGAACGCCCAUCUGUAUCGUCAGCAACCUCCACUGUGCUACAUUCACGGACCUGGCCUGGUCGAGCGACGGACUGACGCUCCUGGUCUCAUCCUCGGACGGUUUCUGCUCAACCCUGUCUUUCGCGCCUGGAGAGCUGGGCCAAGUCUACCAAGGAGACUUGCCCACCACCACCACCACCACCACCACCACCAAGAACCCGGCCGUGCCCAGCAGCACAGCAGCACCGACGUCGUCCUCGAGCCAGAACACCCCGGUUCCCACCUCGACCGCGGUGUUCGCUCCUCCGUCCCCGUUCCACAACGGCGGGACGCAUCAUCAUCGCAAUUCGAUGAGCUCUUUUACCGCCCCGUCGCCGCCGUCUGCCGGCUUCGUGAGCCAGCGGCCCCAGUCGCCGGCGCGAUCAAACUCGACGUCGUCCGUGGCGACACAGUCCUCGAACGUGGUCACCAACCCCUCCCUGAUUGUCGGUAGCGUGCCCGGCAUCGCGGUCGCCAACUCUACCAAGGUCACGGGGGUUCCCAUUACCACGCCGCCCGAGACGCCGCGCACCAACGCGGCGACCACCACAGCAAGCGGCUCGACUAGCGGUACGGCCAGCGGCACGGCAGCCAGCGGGAUCAAGCGCGACGCCAGCGAAGGCGAGAAGGAGGAGGGCAGCGAGCCCAAGAAGAGACGGAUCGCACCAACGCUAGUGGAACCGAAGCCAUAG